CCCGGUGUCCGCUCCAGAGCUGGCUCCGUCCGUCUGCACAGGUACGUGUUCAUCGUGCAGAAGAGCUACCAGGACAGCGAGACGGGCCCCGAGAGCUCCGUCAUCACCAAGGUCAAAGGCAUCACCUUGUCCGAGCACAAAGUGUGGGACGUGGAGGAGUACGUGAAGCCCCCCGAGGGGGGCAGCGUGUUCAGCAUCAUCACCAGGAUCGAGGUCACCCCUUUCCAGAGCCUCGGAACCUGCGCCGAGAGUAUGAGGGUCAACAACGCCACCUGCGACUCGGACGAGGACUGUGUGGCUGGGCAGCUGGACAUGCUGGGAAACGGCUUGCGAACCGGGCGCUGCGUACCUUACUACCACGGGUCCUCCAAGACCUGCGAGGUGACCGGCUGGUGCCCGGUGGAAGACGGGGCCUCAGUCAGCCAGUUUCUCGGUAAGAUGGCCCCCAAUUUCACCAUCCUCAUCAAGAACAGCAUCCACUACCCCAAAUUCCAGUUCUCCAAGGGCAAUAUCGAGCACCGGAAGGAUGGCUACCUGAAACACUGCACGUUUCAUGAGGUCUCUGACCUCUACUGCCCCAUUUUCAAGCUGGGCUACAUCGUGGAGCAGGCAGGGGAGAACUUCACGGAGCUGGCACACACGGGUGGUGUCAUUGGGGUCAUUAUCAACUGGGACUGUGACCUGGACCUGUCGGCAUCAAAGUGCAACCCCAAAUACUCCUUCCGGAGGCUUGACCCCAAGCACAUCCCAGCUUCAUCUGGCUACAACUUCAGGUUCGCCAAGUAUUACAAGAUAAAUGGCAGCACCACCCGCACACUCAUCAAAGCCUACGGGAUCCGCAUUGACGUCAUUGUGCACGGACAGGCAGGGAAGUUCAGCCUGAUCCCCACCAUCAUUAACCUGGCCACUGCGCUGACCUCCAUCGGGGUGGGCUCCUUCCUGUGCGACUGGAUCUUGCUAACAUUCAUGAACAAAAACAAGGUCUACAGCCAUAAGAAAUUCGACAAGAUGGUGGAUGCUCCCAGCCGGGGUGCAGGACCAGGGCUCUGUGCCUCCCAGCCUUCCCAACAGGACUGCACACUCACAGACGCCCGAGGUCUGGCCCAGCUCUGAGCCUACUCCCACCUUCCGCCAUGCUGCACCAGAGACCUGGGCCUGUCCGGGCCCCUGAAGUGUGUGGCCACGAGACAGCUCCCAGCUUCCCUAGCAGCACGGCUGGGACCUUGGACCUGGGCACUGCCCACACCCUCAACACUGCAUCUCAGCAAAACCAGCAGCCAAAGGACCCCCAAGCAAAUGGGAUGACAUGAGGGGAUGGCCCUCCAUCCUGUCGCCCAUCUGCCCAGGGGCCUGUAGGGGCGAGUGCCCACUUCCACACCUCUACCUCCUCCCCACCCACCCACCACUACCCUGGCCCUUUGCUCGCCUUGUAGCCAAGAAGUCACAUAUAAUAAACCCGUGACCAGUACCUCCUGGCCUCCUUUUUUGGGGAAACGCAUCUUGAGGCUCUGAAGACAAAUAUGCGCACGAGGGCUCUUGGUGUCCUCGGUUUUCAUCUUCCCUCUAGCCAGCCUGGGUGCAGGGUGUGCGGACAUGUCUGCUGCCCCCGUCCAGCCAGGUUACAGUCACAUCCGAUCUGGGGGCCAGUGGAGGUGGAGGACACACAGGCUGAGAGUGUGUGAGGAUCCCGGGACCCGCCCAGCAGCUGCCCUUUAAUGAGCACAUUUACCGGAUAACUGCAGGGGUCACCCCAGGCUCCAAACCUCAAAAAAAAGGGAAAAGGAUGGCACCUCUCGAGGAAGAAGAAAGCCAGAGGGGAGGCUGUGAGAGCUGCCCCCAAGGAAAAAGAAAGCUUAGGUCACAUUGGGCUCUUAAACCAAAACACCUGUCAAGGCCCUGAGGCUCUACUUAAAACGGGGAUUGACGUGGGGCAAGGACGUUGGUGCCGGGGAGCAGGGGUGGACAGGGCAGGAGGUGGAGCGUGGAGAGCUGGCACUGGGUUAGCCAGCUGCAUGCUUGGAUGCUACAGUUGUCAUUCCACCCAGCAGCUCUACCUGGCCAGGCCCUGCUCUGAGGGACACCAUAACCCGGUGGAGGGCGGCUUCUCCAGCAAGUGAUGGGUGUGCAUGUCUGAGGCACAGUGCCUCCUGCAGACCAUCUCACCUGUGAUCACAGCACUCCCGAGGUCACGGCUGGCCCUCCCAUCUGCCAACUGGGUC